ACGGCACGGGAAGGAAGGACUCGGCUCGGCUCGGCUCGGCUCGGGUUCAGCAGCGGUUCCUUUGUCCACCGUCAUGUCGGCACCGGAGCGCUCGGCAGGCCACGUCCAGUUGGAUAGCAGACCUGUAUUAUCCACCAAAGAUGGAAACCAGAACUUCACAGAAGUAGAUGCAUUCCAUACAAGCAACAGACAAACACAUGAUCCUGCAGAGCAGUACAAAAUGAACCAUCAAAGAAGAGGAAUUGCACUAAUCUUCAAUCAUGAACACUUUUUUUGGCAUUUAAAACUGCCAGACAGACGUGGGACUUUGGCAGACAGAAACAAUUUGAAACGCAGUUUGACAGACCUUGGGUUUGAAGUCAGAGUUUUUGAUGAUCUGAAAGCAGAAGAUGUGCUGCAGAAAAUUUAUGAAGCCUCUACGGAUGACCACAGUAAUGCUGACUGCUUUGUUUGUGUGUUCCUGAGUCACGGUGAGGAUGAUCACGUUUACGCAUAUGAUGCCAAUAUCAAAAUUGCGACAAUCACAGACAUGUUCAGAGGAGACAAGUGCCAAAGUCUGGUAGGAAAACCAAAGAUAUUUAUCAUUCAGGCAUGUCGAGGUGAUAAACAUGAUGAUCCAGUUAUUGCCUAUGAUUCAACAGACAGUAGCACUGGCAGUGAGACUGAAGUGGAUGCAGCUGGUGUCUAUACUCUGCCCGCUGGUGCAGACUUUAUCAUGUGCUACUCUGUGGCACAAGGCUACUAUUCUCAUCGUGACACUCUAAAUGGCUCCUGGUACAUUCAAGAUUUGUGUGAAACACUUAAGAAGCAUGGGUCUUCCUUGGAGUUCACAGAACUUCUUACUGUCGUUAACAGGAAAGUAUCUUACCGCAAAGUGGAUGUGUGCAGAGACAUUAAUGCUAUAGGAAAAAAACAGAUUCCUUGUUUUGCCUCAAUGCUAACUAAAAAACUGUAUUUUCAUCCAAAAUCUUGAGUGGAUUGUUGUUUAGCAAUGAUGACCAUUAACUACUGCUUGCUGCAGAAAUGAAAACACCAUCUUAGUUCAGGAAACUAAUACUCUACAAGAUUGUUUGCAAAAUCACUGGAAUCAAAUGGUAUAGUUUGAUAGAUUUUAAAGCCUUAAUGCAAUUUUAAAGCUAGUAUUACAGCUCAGGGAAUUUGGGAAAAGUUGACUGGUCCAAAAUUCUUAGAAGGUGCUCAGAUUUUAUUGAAAUUGAUAUCUAGAUUACCUUUUUCUAAAAAGCCUUUUCCUUGAUUGCCAUAUAACUAUGGCACAUUUUACCAUUUCCAAAACAUUUCCAAUGUUGCAUUAGAUUAAUUUAUCUUGCUCCAAGAGCACACUUUAUAGGGAAUAAGUUUGUAGGGCAUCUUUUUGGAUUUGUGGAAGCAGCAUCCACCUUGCAAUUUAUUGAGCUUUUUGGACAUUUUUUUUACUAUUUUCUCUCAACACUAAAAAGGAAUUUAAUUCCUUGAGUACAAUUGUAGCAUUAACAUAGGGUUAAUUAAUAAAGGGUUUCUUUUUACUUGAACAUCAUUUACGGUUGGGGCACAAUUACAGCUUGCUGGUGCUUUGAAUCCUCAGGAGAAAAGCAAGCAGUAGUAAAAUGGGACCUUAGCAUGACUUUGGGUAAGUUUGCCUUGUACAUAUCUCUAAAGCUAAAGCUGCUAGACACCUUUAGUCAGCUCUGCAAAAUAUAACAUAUGCAAACCUUCACACUUCAGGCCUUGGUGUUGGAUCAGCCUCUUCCUUCUCUUGGCUCUGGAGAAGAUCAGUUAUACUCUGUCAUUGUGUACAUAAAAGUGAUAGUCACAAUCAGAUUGUUACUACUGCUGCAUCAGCAAUUGCAAUGACAAUGACCAUGAUACUUGACUAGAAGUGAAUAUUUCUUUUCUUUGGGUUUUUGUUUGUUUGUUUGUUUUUAUAUUAUUGGUACAUACGCUUAACCCUGAGGGACAAUGAAGAACUCAAACUGAGCAAAAUGUUUUAAUCCACUUUCCUGGGGAUAAAACAACUGAUUUAUUGCCUCUGCUUUGUUGAGUCUUCCCAUAUACUACGUUCUGAAUCAUAGAUGUUAAAUCUUACUAUGGCUACUUUUAAGCUUUACAUAAAUCAUGUAUGUUUAAAUGUUUUGAUUUUUUUUCAAUAAAAUGCGAAAAAUUAU